CUGAUGCAAAUGCAGGCUUAUCCCUCACAACCUGUCCUGAAAACUGUGUCUGAGUGGCCAAGCUCUUGGUCUGACCCUUUUCCACUUCUAUUCAGCUCCAGGCAGGCUGGGUUCUGUUUCAGGUGUUCACUCUCAAAGUCGUUCCCCCUGGGGGCGGGAGAGUCUCUGUUAUCUCCUCACCUCUAGAGGCUAUUUGAGCCCAGCUCACAGGAGUAGGAGAGAAGAGUUUUGUGUCCUCUAGUCCAGGGAGGUCUUGGUUUGGCUCCCUGUGCUCACUGAAGUGGCCUGAGCUUAUGCUGGACUGUGGAGGUGGGGAAGCUCCAACCCUUCCAUGUUCUCCUGGCUGGGUGUGAUGGAGGGCCAGGUGCUUUGAUGAAGAGGCUGCUUGGCUGUCCAGCAGAGAGUGAACUGCAUCUUGCCAAAAAUGAAGAGAAAGCAAAAGGGUGGAGGAACAUAUUUACUACAAACACUGGACUUCAGCUCAGGCCCUGAAACCCAUCAGCUUUCUGAGGCUGGCACAGAGACAAGAGUUCCCUGAGGGGCCUGAGGCAGACAGGGUAAUGAUGCUUGUGCCAGGCACUUCUGCUCCCCAGGGGAGAGAGGUGGCUUCUGAAUUUUCUCCAGUUCUCUGCUGCCACCCAGUAUUUUUCAUCCUUACCUGUGCUCAGCCUUCACAAUUGGAAGAGGAGCGAUGAACCCCAGCAGAGCCUAAGUGCUGAGGCUUUUUUGUUACUUUCUGCUAGCAGGGAGAUGAACUUUUUUUUUAUCCUUGACUUAAUUCUUCAUGGAGUCACAAAACUGGCAGAGAGUGCUCCCUGGCAGGAGCCCUCUCCCCUUCUCCCUCUUCCCAUCACAGUGCAAUAGGGUGGCAUCACACUUCCUCCUCUUUGGUGAUGUACUUGAAGGGGCUCUGCUGGCUCCCUUCCCCCAGCAUUGCCUCUGAGGGCUCUGACCCCUUGAACUUGCCUCAGUCUGUCAGCAGAGUGUGGGUAGGACAGUGAGCAUGGGUGUCUUGACAGGACAGUGCUUCCUGGGAAGCUGUGAAUCACUUUCUGGGGCUGUUGCCAUGAUUUCCCUUCUUCAUCACAAGUGCUGGGGAUCCAGACACCCACUCAGCCAGGAAGGGGCCCUCUUAGCAGCUGGGGUGCAUCAGUGCAGGGGUCUGCUCCAAGUCCCCAGAUGCCCAGGGAGCUUUGUCACAGCUUUGGCUGCUCCUGUGAGAUGGGUGGGAGUGGAGCUGAGUGCUGGGAACACCAGGGGCAUCCUCUUCAGGGGCACCAAGCUGGAAGGAGAGCAGCUGUGAAAUUUGUGCUGUGCUGGGGAGGGAUUCAGCACUCAUAUCCUGGAUCAAACAGCCUGUCUACUGGACAUACUGGUAGUGUUUGUUUAUUGUCAGAGUGUCCAGGAACUGUGCUGAUGGAUGAAGAUCUCUGUUGUGGCUGGUACUGUGUAAACAUGUGGUACCUACAAACAUCCCUCUUCUCACACCCCCACCUAUACAGUCUAUGCACUGACCGGAAAACAAGGGGCACCAGGAAGGUCCAAACAGUUGGAACAAGGUAGGGAAGCAGUUUCUUAACUGUGUACCAUGGGAAAAGGGCUGUGUGUCCUUGGAAAAGGACAACAAAUGCUUUUUACCCUGUUUAAUGGGUACUCCUUGCAAAUAUGAGUUUUUGCAAGAGGUGCCUUUCUGAGAAGAACAGUAGUGAUGAAGAGACUGAAUGGUGCUGGGAGCUAAUCUUCUGUGUAGAUGGACAGACAGGCAGAAAUCAGGAAGGCCUUGAAAGAAAUAAAGAAUCUAAAGGUCACUUCAUGGAAUUUCUUCAUCCCCAGAAGCCCUUGCCUUGGGAAUGCAGCCACAAGAUCAGUUCCUUCAGGAGCAGUGGAACCUACUGGAACUGGUCCCACUGAGUUCAGUGUACACAAGAUCACACUCGCCUGGCUGGCUGUUGCAGAGUGCAGAACACUUUUGUUUCUGAUGAGACUUCCUGGUCAGGGUCAGUCUUGCAUGUGGAAAGUUUCUGUGCAGAACAGGAUCCUUGGCAAGAAUGCACCUCUGCUAGGUGAGAAGCAGAUGCCCUCAAGACCAGGUCUUUGGUUUGCUUGCAGAGCAGCUGUAACUGCACCACAUUUUGCAGCAUGGAUGGGCUGCAAUGGUGUGGAUGUGCACAGCAAAACAGCCCUUGGAAUUUCUGAACAAACAUCUCACACAUGGGCACUUUCACUUUGCAGGGAACUUGAUUUUCUCCAUGAUUCCUCUUUUAUGAGUGAGAGUGUCAGACCAGACAGACAGACCUCUUUUGACUUGGGUGAUCUGAGUACAACCAUACUGGAGUUGAGAACUGUCUCUCCAUUCAUCACACUUGAUUUUGGGUAUGAGGAAUGAAGAACUACUGUUCCCUAAAUCCAAGCAGAGCAGAUCUACAGGACACCUGGUGGAACUGGGCACAGUGACAAGAACUUUCAUUUCUUUGAAUACUCGUGUCAUUUUGGGAUUCUCAGGCCUCCAGUUCUUCCUCUGUCAGAGUAUUCUUCAUGACAUCUCAAUCUACUUCAAGAGAAAAGCUUCUGCAAGACACAGUUUAUAGUUCACUCUCUGGCCUAUUCCUUUGGCGUGCUGUCUUGAGGAGAUUUUAUGGUGGUGCUUCAUUCCCUAAUGGCCUGCUGCAUGGCCAGGAAUGGUUGAAGAUGAAGCAGGAGGCUGGGCUGGAGCCUGGGAACACCGGGCGCGGGCUCGGUUCAGCUCUCUCUGUCUCGCACGCUUCGGGCUGCAACUCGGACUCUUGCAGUCCAGGGAGCCUACGGGGGCAGUGGGAAAGACCCAGGCCAGCAAAUAAAGGACACUAAAACCCACCAGUUUCACCUGCUGUGAGGAGCAGACCAAUGCCAGAAGCUCAACAGGUUCCUAUCUACUUUUGCCUGAGCUGCUGUGUGGAUUUUUUUUCUUCCCUUCCCUGGGAUAAAGGGAGCAGCCACCAUCCUUGCCUCCUGGCCAUCGGGCUGGGCUGGGGGCAUGGGGUAUAAGGUUCAAUUUAUUUUUUUUAUCUCCCAUGCCUUGUGGGUAUCUUGCUAUGUUAAUAAUCAGGGUUUAUUUUCACUUUCACCCACUAUUGUUAAUUUCUGUCAUUGGCAAAAAGGGAUUGUUGGAGCCCUUCUCUUUAGAGAAAACAUUCAUUCCAGAGUGUUUUCUCCUAAAAUCUGUCUCUAAACUGAUACAAGUGUGCCUCUCAGUGGUACGUAGUUUUGUAGCUUUUUCUACAUGCAGAACUCAGAUGUUUUCUAACUUCAUAGACCAUUGUUAUUUUUGCACGACUAUCCCUAAAUCUUCUUUUACUUGAGUGCAGCGCAGAGUUCCUUGCACAAUUGAGAUCUCAUUCAACAAACUGUUUCCAUGUUCUGGUUUAACCAAGAAAUAUGUCAAACUCUGACCAAGUUUGACUAUUUUAUAAGUAGUGAAACACCAUGCCAAUUAAAACAAAAGCCUUUUUUAAAAUAGAAAUUAUGUAGGAAUGCUACAGUCUUUCUAAGGUAUACUGAAAUUUGGAAACAACUGGAAAAUAACAAUAGAAAUUAUAUAUUCUCUGGAACAGUGUUAUAAAUGAAAGUAUUUUUAAUCUUGAGA